AAUGGCGAACACAUCAAGUGCACUUUUUCUUGGCGGCGAAAGAACGACUGGCCAGUCGAUAAGAACUCAAAAUGUUAUGGCCGCAAGUUCAAUUGCAAAUAUUGUGAAGAGUAGUCUUGGUCCAGUUGGCCUGGAUAAGAUGUUAGUCGACGAUAUCGGUGAUGUGACAAUCACGAACGACGGCGCCACCAUACUGAAACAGUUGGAAGUGGAACAUCCAGCGGCGAAGAUCUUGGUCGAGUUGGCACAGCUUCAGGACGAGGAGGUUGGCGAUGGAACCACAUCAGUUGUGAUCAUUGCGGCCGAGUUGUUAAAGAAUGCUGAUGAAUUAGUUCAGCAGAAGAUUCACCCAACUUCAAUCAUAAGUGGUUAUAGGUUGGCUUGCAAAGAGGCUUGCAAAUACAUUCAGGAGAGACUGAUACUCAACGUCGAAGAUCUUGGACGCGAGUGUAUUGUGAACGCCGCCAAGACGAGUAUGUCGAGUAAAAUCAUUGGGCCGCACGCCGACUUCUUCGCCAACAUGGUCGUCGAUGCGUGCAUGGCGGUGAAGACGAGCGACGGGAAGGGAGGGCAUCGCUACCCAAUUAAGGCUGUGAACGUCCUGAAGGCGCACGGCAAGAGUUCAAAAGAGAGUAUUAUGGUGAAUGGUUAUGCGCUCAACUGUACCGUAGCUUCACAAGCCAUGCCCAAGAGGAUAACUAAUGCGAAGAUCGCAUGCUUGGACUUCAGUCUCCAGAAAGCCAAGAUGAAAUUAGGAGUGCAGGUCAUUGUCAGCGACCCAUCUAAACUUGAGGCUAUCAGAGCUAGGGAGUCCGAUAUCACCAAGGAACGAAUCCAGAAAAUCAUAGCGACUGGAGCCAACGUUAUCUUGACCACUGGAGGAAUUGAUGAUCUCUGUCUGAAGUAUUUCGUGGAGUCGGGCGCGAUGGCUGUGCGGAGAUGUCUGAAGGCGGAUCUGAGGAGGGUUGCUAAGGCCAGCGGAGGUCAGGUUGUUUCCACGCUUGCCAACCUUGAGGGAGAGGAAGCAUUUGACGCGACCAUGUUGGGUCAGGCUGAUGAGGUCGUGCAGGAGAGAAUCUGUGAUGACGAGCUAUUGCUUAUUAGAGGAACCAAGGCCCGUACCGCCUCUUCAAUUAUUCUGCGUGGAGCCAACGACUUCAUGGUGGACGAGAUGGAGCGUUCAAUCCAUGACGCCCUCUGUGUUGUGAAGCGGGUACUAGAGUCAAAGACGCUCGUCCCUGGAGGUGGAGCUGUGGAGGCCGCCCUCUCAAUCUACUUAGAAAACUUUGCUACAUCUCUGAGUUCGAGAGAACAGCUUGCUAUCGCUGAGUUUGCCAGAGCUCUGCUGGUUAUCCCCAAACAACUGGCUGUGAACGCUGCCAAGGAUUCGACCGAUCUUGUCGCGAAACUACGAGCAUAUCACAACACAUCGCAGAUCAAACCAGGACAUGAGGAGCUGAAAUGGAUUGGUCUUGAUCUUUAUGAAGGCUGCGUCCGUGACAACAAGAAAGCCGGCGUCCUAGAACCAGCCAUCUCCAAAAUCAAAUCGCUGAAAUUUGCCGCGGAGGCUGCCAUCACCAUCCUUAGAAUCGACGACAUGAUCAAACUCGCCCCAGAGCAGAAAGAAGGCGGGAACAGUUAUCAAGAUGCUUUGAAUUCUGGCCAGCUUGGCUAGAGUGCACUGCCACCUAGGAGACAUAAUGCUAACUAAAUGUUAAACAUCCAGACUGACUCAGUUUAGAUUGGGUCUCUGUGUUUCAAGCCUGUUUUCUUUGUGUUUUUGACUUCCGGAACAUAGACAGGCCUACCUGGGGUACUCAUAUCUUCAAAUAACCUUCUUUCAGGCAGAAAAAAUCCCUUUACUUGGUCUCAUCAUCAAAAAAAUCUUGCACAAAGCAUGACAAAUCCUUUUUGGUCCAGAACGGAACACUUGUUGUGCUAUUCAAUUCAGAACCAAAAUGAUAGUGGUUAAAAAUCUUCUGCUCAUCGCUCAGACUUGAAAUCUUUAUCAGGUGGGCUUUGGGGAAAUUUUAAUUCUUUGUUCAGCUGUUUGGCUUUUCAUUGUGAUAAUGAUGAUGAAUACUCUAAUUAAACUAAAUAAAUGUUCUGGAAAACCUGGAAGUUAUAAAUGUUCAAGUAAUUUAUAAUACAGUACUUUCCAUUUUCUGCCUACCUCUCCCUGGGAACAUUAAUAUCCCUUUAUUGGUGGCCAGGAUGGUUUUUGGGAUGUAUGGAUUAGUACUUGCUAAAAGGGUGAUACAAAAUGGGAAUCCUGUCAAACGAAAAUAAAGUGGGUCAUUUGAAUUAGCUUGCAACAGAAAUCCUUGUUUCUUAUCAAUAGCCCUACAGCUGGUUUCGUUAUAAAUGUGCUUUUUGUAACAAUUUUUUUGAAAAAAACAUCACUUGAAAUGUUCCGAACAACUUUAUUAAAUUAAAAUAUAUUAGUGUGAUAA